AUGCCACCAACCACCACACCUGCCGCGCCCACGACUGAAGAGGAGCCUCUGACCUUGAAUAAGAAGCUCAAUAAUGCCGAUCGUUACUGGAAGUUCAAGGGUGUUCUCCAGGUUCUAGCAAUAAUACUUGGACUUAUCGGUAUCGGUACUAUCGGAUGGUGUGUUUCGACGACUCCCAUAAAUGACUCUCUUACCUAUGGAUACGAUGAAUACUGGACGCUAUGGCCCUCGCUCAUAACCUUCACCGUCUCCAUUAUCUGGUGUAUCGCGUGUCUUGCCGCUCUUGUCGUGCGCAAGCGUGCUGUCCACCCAGGGCUAAGGGUCUCGAUUGACUUGCUCAUGUGGCUUGCCUUCCUAGUCACCGCUCUGUUUGCCAUGGUAUCCCUAAUGGAGCUGCUUCAAUGGGGCGAGUAUGGCGACCUCAGUGGUUCUGGCUACGGCGGAUAUUCCAGUAGCUAUGGCGAGUAUGAGCUGCAGGCCAACGGAACAUGGAUUUGGGAGGACUCUCGCGACUCGAGCUCAACAUCGUACACGCGCCCGUGCAACCGCACAUCCUCAUACUCUUACGGUUCCGGUUUCAAAGAUUGCGCGGAACAAGACGCUUAUGUCAACAAGCUCUGGCAAGCAAAGCCCCAUCGUGAGAAUGUAGAGUUGACCGGCGUGGUGUGCCAAUUCGCUGGUCUCGUGAUCCACUUCAUUUUGUUCGUCUGGGCAUGCAUCGACUGCCAUCGCUACAAUCGCACCAAAGUCAGCAAAGAUGCUGAGAAGAUCGCCGCGAAAAUUGUGCAGACUAUGAUCACCAAUGGCGCCAUCAUCCCGCCACCAGGCCAGGCGCACAUGAGGCCGGGUGGGCCAUGGGCACAGCCACAGAUGGGGUACUAUCAGUUACCACCGCAGGGACAGAUGUACCCGAUGGCCGCUAUCCGGACACCUCAGGGACAAACCAUGCAGCAGCAGUAUCCCACGCCGCAAGGCAUGCAGGGACCCGUUACGGCCGGCGUCGGAGGGCCGAGCAAUGAGAAAGGCGUAGGCCCCAGGUACGCUUAA